AUGUCUCUCUCGGCCAUUACGAAUCUCCUCGGGAGCUCAGCUGCUCCUGUGGCGGGCAAAGUGGAGUUGCCCGUCUCCGAAGACGAGCCUCUAGAAAGCGAAGGGCUGGCGGCUGAGAAGUGUGAGCUGAGGAUUGAGGGGAUGACAUGUGGUGCUUGUGUUGAGUCAAUAGAAGGCAUGCUCCGAACGCAGCCAGGCAUCUAUUCCGUCAAAGUUGCCUUGCUCGCCGAACGAGGUGUCGUCGAGUACGAUUCAAACGUCUGGAACUCAGACAAGAUUGUGAAUGAAAUAUCUGACAUCGGGUUCGAUGCAACAGUCAUCCCCCCAUCUCGCUCGGAUGUCGUGACCCUCAGAAUAUACGGCAUGACAUGUUCAUCCUGCACGUCGACGGUGGAGACACAGCUCAGUGCCAUGCCAGGCAUCAACAGUGUUGCCGUGUCGUUGGCAACGGAGACAUGCAAGGUCGAAUUUGACCGCACACUAACCGGACCGCGAGAGAUGGUGGAGCGCAUAGAGGAGAUGGGCUUCGAUGCCAUGCUGUCCGACCAGGAGGAUGCGACGCAGCUCCGCUCACUCACGCGGACGAAGGAGAUCCAGGAAUGGCGCGAUCGCUUCCGCUGGAGUCUCGGUUUCGCGGUGCCCGUGUUCUUCAUCAGCAUGAUCGCCCCCCGCAUACCUGGGAUCUGCAUGCUGGUAGCAUGGCGUAUAGUCCCCGGUCUCUACUUUGGCGACAUUCUUCUUCUAUGCCUCACGACUCCUGCGCAGUUCUGGAUCGGACAGAAGUUCUACCGAAACGCGUAUAAGGCGCUCCGACACGGAAGCCCAACGAUGGACGUCCUCGUCAUGCUCGGCACGUCUGCUGCCUACUUUUACUCCCUGGGAGCGAUGAUCUACGCCGUAUUCAAACGCGACCCUGACUACCACCCUUUCGUUUUCUUUGACACGAGCACUAUGUUGAUCAUGUUUGUCUCGCUCGGGCGCUAUCUCGAGAACAGGGCGAAGGGUCGUACGAGCGCAGCGCUCACAGACCUCAUGGCGCUGGCGCCUUCUAUGGCCACCAUUUACACUGACGCCCCGUCGUGCACGCAGGAGAAGAAGAUUCCGACGGAGCUUGUGCAGGUCAAUGACAUCGUCAAGCUUGUGCCGGGUGACAAGGUGCCCGCCGAUGGUACCGUCGUUAAGGGCACCUCGACCGUGGACGAGAGCGCAGUCACGGGCGAACCCGUUCCCGUCCAAAAGCAAAUUGGCGACAGCGUCAUUGGCGGGACGGUCAACGGUCUCGGGACAUUCGAUAUGCGGGUGACGCGGGCAGGCAAGGAUACGGCGCUUGCGCAGAUCGUCAAGCUCGUGGAGGAGGCGCAGACGUCCAAGGCGCCCAUCCAGGCAUUCGCGGACAAGGUCGCAGGCUAUUUUGUGCCCGCCGUUAUCUCGCUCGCUGUCGUCACCUUCUUCGGAUGGAUGGUCAUCUCGCAUGCUAUUUCGGACACCGCGCUGCCGGAGAUGUUCCGCAUGCCAGGCACGAGUAAGCUCGCGGUAUGUCUGCAGCUGUGCAUUUCUGUCGUCGUCGUUGCGUGUCCGUGCGCGCUCGGACUAAGCACGCCCACUGCGAUCAUGGUCGGAACUGGAGUAGGCGCGAAGAACGGCAUCUUGAUCAAGGGUGGGCGCGCGCUUGAGGCCAGCAGGUCUAUCAAGAGGAUCGUGCUGGACAAGACAGGUACUGUGACGGAGGGGAAGCUCACGGUGGUCGACGCAGCAUGGGUACCUGCCACCGAUUACGAAGAACAGGUGGGAGCUGGCGAGGUCUUCCUGCGCGCGAAGUGCGCUGAGGGUCUCACUCGUGCGGAAAUCAUCGCUAUGGUCGCUGCUACAGAGGCGCGGUCGGAACACCCUCUGGCCAAGGCCGUCGCCGUGUAUGGCAAAGACCUCUUGGGCAAGGCUAUCAUGGCUAUCCCCGAGGUCGUCAUCGAUGCCUUCGAAGGCGUUCCUGGUGCUGGGGUCAAAGCGACUAUCACAAUCACAGACAAGAAGGCACAGUACGUCGUGUAUGUCGGGACAGCACGGUUCAUCAUGCAGUCCGACGAUGCUCAGCUGCCAGAGGCGUUGUCAGUUUUCAAUAGGGAGGAAGAAACACAGGGCCUCACUACCAUCUUCGUGUCCGUAUCUAGCCCCGCGAUGCGUCCAUCACCCGUCAUGUCCAUUGCGCUCUCGGACGCACCAAGGCCGUCGUCGAUCCAUGCAAUCAAGGCAAUGCAGGACUUGGGGAUCGAGGUGAACAUGAUGACCGGCGAUGGCAUGGGCACUGCUCUCGCUGUGGCAAGGAAGGUUGGCAUCAAGCCUGAAGGUGUCUGGGCGAACAUGAGUCCCAAGGGCAAAGCCUCUGUUAUUGUCGAGUUGAUAGAGAAAGACAAGGGCGGCGUUGCAAUGGUGGGCGAUGGUAUCAAUGACUCGCCUUCGCUUGUAGCAGCUUCUGUCGGCAUCGCAUUGUCUUCUGGGACGUCAGUCGCGAUUGAAGCAGCCGACAUCGUGCUCAUGCGCUCUGACCUCCUUGACGUUGUAGCCGCUCUCUAUUUGUCCCGCGCCAUCUUCUCGACUAUCCGGCGAAACCUGGUGUGGGCAUGCGUCUACAACCUGCUUGGCAUCCCUCUUGCGAUGGGCUUUUUCCUUCCAUUCGGUCUUCGCCUACAUCCCAUGAUGGCCGGUGCGGCCAUGGCAUUCUCAUCUGUGAGCGUGGUUACCAGUUCGUUGAUGCUGAAAUGGUGGACACGGCCCGCAUCGAGCGUCAUGCCGGGCGAGGUGAUCCCGCGUGAGACAGUAUGGGACAGCCUGCGUUCUACGCUCGACGAUGCAGGCAACGGCCUCAGAGGACUCGUCGGUGGCCGAAGACGAUCUGGCUACAGUCAACUACCUGUAGAAAUGAGCGAAACGGUAUAAGGGGUAUAGGGUGCAACAUAUUGGGGUUUCCGCUGUGUGUCGCAUGUGUUUGCAGUCAUCUUCCGUGUACAUUAUGGCUUUGUUGCUUGCUUACUUGUGAUUCUGUAUCCUAACAGUGCAUUGGUUUAGUAGUAAAUUGAAUUGAUGCAUCUAAUAGAGCUG